AUGAACACACCAGUAGAUUCCUUUGGCAUGCCUUUGCGCACCUCCAGCGCUGCUCCACGUUUUGGAGGUGACUACACUCAGCUGGUCAACUUCCUGGAGUCAGUAGAACGACUCGCGCAACCACUUGGGCUGUCAGAUAAGGACAUCAUCAAGUAUGCCUUGAAGUAUACCGCGCCUAACGAGCAAGAGCUAUUUCAGUACUAUGAAGGUAACAACUAUGAAGAGUUUGCUAAUUCCGCCUUGUUUAUGUACCCAGAAUGCGGUACUCAGCGCUGCUACACGCGCCCUAGCGCGAUUUCCGCUAUUCCGCUUCCGCCCCUUGAAGCGCCCCAUGAAGCGCCACUUGUAGGCGCGUCUCAGCAACCAGAACACGCCUUAGAACAACCAGUAGCUGCAGCUAUAGCGCCAGUACACGAAACACACGAAACACUUCCCCUUCCGCCUACUCCAACAUCGCCUAUUGUUGAAAUCGCCAUUGCACCAGCCUACAUCGAGGCGCCUAUAAUAGGCGAGCCUACAGAGCCCCAAAGCGACCCAGAAGAUCAGUUGGACGAAGUUGAUUUACCCCAGCAAGAAGUACAUGCGCCUACCGCUAUUGUGAACGCGCCAAACGCGCUACAAGACAAAAUUGCGUCACCCAUGGUCAGCAAUGACCUCAAACAUGCAUCGCAUUUUAGCGCGCCCAUUCAGGAGUAUUCUGCAGUGUCAGAGCUCCAAAACACGCCUUACAUUGACCAGAGUUUGUCUCUGCUAAAUCCACUUGUUACUGAUGAUACCGCGCAUAUCGCGUGUUCCACUUACAGUGACUAUCACGCGCCAGUCAAGCAUCCAUGCAUCGCAUCACCCAACCACCAUAUAGAUCAUGUCUCAGGCGACCCUGACGCGCCUCCUGUGCACCCUAUGGCGCCUGAGGUCGUGCAUGUCACGCACUUUGAGGCAUUGUAUAUUCAACCCUCGCAUAUUUCGCCUUUUUCGCUUAUUUCGCGUUUUUCACUCUCAUUGAGUUUUUCAUCAGUUGCUAAUGCUUCGCCUUUGCCUUCAUUUAAGCUUACCAUUAUUCCCUCACUUAGGCGCCACAGUCGCGCGCCUCACGCCUUAAUUCUCGCGCCUAAGGCGCCCAUCAUUACACCAAAGUUCUCCCUCCAUCGCAUUUUUACCACCUUAUCACUUUUAAAUCGCAUUCCUCACAUUCACCAUGAACUAUAUUUCAAUCAGCCAUUCAGGCGCGACUUAGGCGCGCGCCUGACACAUAAACAUCCGCCUACAUCACUUCAUAUCACCAUUAACCUUGCAUCACUUGUCCUUACUCGCAUUUUUCGCAUUUUCACCAAUCGCGUCCAUAUCACCCUUUCAUUUUAUAUCAAACACCAUUCAUUCAUGAUCAGGUGCCUAUGUCGCCUUGAUACAUUGUCCAUACUCAUUAUUCGCGCCUUAUUCGCGCCUAAUUUCGCUUCACAUACAUCCCUCACUAACGCGUUUUCAGAAUAUCAUCCUAUCCUCGUGCAAACAGAGGAUAUAAUCAUUUUCGCGCCUAAAUGCGCUAAUGCGCCAGCGUCGCCUAUCGCCUAUCAUGCUGUAGUGCAUCUCUACCACUGUCGCCUCGCCUCGCCUUGGUGCGCACCUAAUAGGCGCCACCAAGUGCAAGAAUUCAUUCCUCCAGCUACUAGUCCGCCGCUAUCGCGAGUUUGCAGAAGAAUCAGUUCAUACCCGGUUGAAGAAGUUGUUGCAGAGUCUUGA